UCCCAUCGCCGUUGUUAUGUUGAAUCUGAUAAGAACGCGGUUACGUAAUUUCGUACCCUAGUUUCCGUUCGGAGGUUCCGUUCUACCUGCGCGGCAACCAACCGAUAAUAGUCCUAAAAUUCGUCCCUUUCCUUCCCUCUCUUCGUUUAACGACUUUCGCGCGAAUCGUGCAAACAGGAGACGCCCGAGAUACGGUCGGACGAUACGUGGCGAAUAUGUGGGCGUAAAGUGCCGCUUUGAUCGCGAAACGCGAAGCUUACUCGCGGAAGAUUCCAUCGACUUGGGUUAAUUUAAACUCCGGUAAGGACGACUUCUUGUUUCAUCGUGAGGUGAAAAUCGGAAGGAGACGGAACGGACGCGCGUAGAUGCCCGAGAAAUCGGACGAUUGUAACAUUUGGGCCGACCGCAACGAGCCUGGAACCACCGAUUAACAGGCGAUGAUCCGUGAACGAGUACAACCUGCGCACGGUCGUCUAGAGACACAAGGGUACAGGGAGUCUGCCUGGAGUCAAGGGAUCCGACAAUCACUCCACGGGGGGUUGUUACAGGGUCCGGCGGUUACCCUCGUGUUUAUUUGUCAUUCGACACCCCGUACAUUAAACAUCAGAGAACUCGUGUACUGCCGACACGCUGACUCGUACCUCAUCGACGAGGAAUGUCUCUUUUUCUCUCUCCUCCCUCUCUCUCUCUCUCUCUCUCUCUCUCUCUCAGAGCCUGUGUACGCUCGGAAACCUCUAAUUAUUUCUAGGGGAUCUAAUAAAUUCGCGGUAUUCUCUGUUGUAAUUAUCCGGCUACGUUUCUGCUACGUAUACAGGAUCCUGAAGAAAAGGGGGACCGGGUAGAACGAAAAUCGCGGAAGAUGAGCAAAGCGAAGCACGCGAGAAAAUCGGCCAGCUAAAUAUUCGCGCGUGUAUAGUCGCAAAUUACCAUUUCUCGGCGAGAUGACUGAUGUACCAUCCGACCUUCGCGUCCUUCGUGAUCGAAAAGACGUAUCGAACCCGACAUUUCGCGGAUCGCCCGUGGAGAAGCCGCUUAAACAGUGGUGGCGGCGCACGAGACAAGGGAUCGGGGUAUAUAAUUGUCGAAACAAGGUACGCCCCUUGCGUAAGAACUCUCGGACCAAGGACUGGGACUCGAAUCGUUUCGGUUACCGGCUAGGGAAUUCGCGAGACGAUCGUUCUCUCUUGUACUUGGAUCUUCGUGGAACUCGGAGGACCUAUCGGUGCUCGCGGACACUCGCGUGUCUGAACACCCAGUCGAUUACGUCUUCCUAAGAGGAAUUGCGGAAUAUUACACAACAGCCUCUCUCGCAUCGCAACGUCUCGCGUGUUUCGCGAACGUCAAACGAAAGACAAAGGGCUCGCGUUAAACCUUGCUUUCGCCCGGCCUUCGUCCUAUUGACAUUGAACGCCCCGAAAAUUCCGCGUCGGAUCAAGUGCGUGCGCGCGCGAUUUACGCGCGUUGCGAAUGAAUCGAUACGAGGCUACGUGAUCACUUCUGGGCAGGGAGAGAGGGGGAAGCGCAGGGGAAACGAAUUUAUUAAAUUCACCAUAGAGGGAAUUGUUGCAUCAACAAAGGGCGGUCGUGCGAGAGAAAUCGUGUCCGUGUUUGCGUGCGCGUCACAGUGAAAAAGUUUCGAAGCGUUGAAAAACUUUGGACGUAACACGCCGCACGCUGUGAAGACGUAAUUGUCACGCAUAACGGCCGCGGGAGUUCGCGGCCGCGAGCCGCAUAUAACAGCACGGCAAGAAGGGGCACGAUAAGCAUAACGCGACUGAUUUAAAUGAAAAACGAGUUAUACGGAGAGUGCUGAGGUAUAAAGGGAACAAGUCGCAAGCGGGGAAAUCGACUCGAGCACAUCUCGCGACGCAUAAUCGAUACCCUUCGUUGGAGAGAACUAUCGUUUAGCCGUAUCUCGGGCAUCUCCUGUGGGCCCACGAAAUACGCCGCUGCGGGUCCCGCUCGUGAAAACCCUUUAAUUACAUCCACGAUACGCGGAGGGGGACGUCACGGAACAACCUCCGAAAGAGCGACUCCGCUCCGACUACCCUUGCGCGAACGUGCGUGCGUACAGGACGAACGAACGAAUGCGAGAGAAGAACGGAGAAGGUGGUGGCGCAAGAAGGAGGAGUAAGAGCUCUUCGGAGGAACCCGGUGGAGGAGGCAAGGUAACGGCGAGUAGUACGAGGGAGAACGCGCGUUUUGCCCGCCCACCCCCAGGUACAUAUGCACAUACACACACGCAUACAUAUACAUACACAUUCUCUCUCUCUCUCUCUCUCUCUCUUUUUCUCUUUCCUCGAGCGAGUCAACCCCUCCAAUCUUGCCACCUCUCUCUCUCUCUCUCUUUCUCCUCUCUCUCUCUCUCUCUCUCUCUCUUUCGCUCAGCGGGAGCCACGGGCCACAGUUCGCUCCGCAGCCGUGGGCACAACCCGGGCCACGGGCCACGAGCCACGGGCCACGCGGGCCUGCAACAUCCAGCACGCGACGACACGCUACCGUCAUCUUCUCCCUUCCCCCGCGCAGCCCUCAUAUUCCCGUUCGCUCGCCCUUACGCUCUCUCUCGCGCGCGUCCCUCGCUCGUUCUUUCUCUUUUUCCUCACCUCGUCGUCCAGCGUGUACACACGCGCGACACACACACACACACACACAACGUGCGUACCCGAGCGGUAGACGACACGGGCGGUGGCAGGCAGAGGGUACGGGGGACCUGACCGAAAGCAAAGCCCGUAACCCCCGUUUGCGGGCCGAGCCCACUUCAGACACGUCGUGUCCUCCGCGUGGUCCACAUCUCAUCUUGUCCUGAGCAUUUCUCUUUCUCGCUCUCUUCUUCUCCCUCUCUCUCUCUUUCUCUCUCUCUCUCUCUGUCUCCCCUUCACUCCUCCUCCUCCUUCUCCUCGCUCGCUCUCUCUCUCUCUCUCUCUCUCUCUUUCUCUGUCGCUCUCUUCCUCUCGUUACCCGUCUCUCUACCUCUUCUUCUUCGCUCGCUCGCACUUCUGCCACGGCUACCUCGCCGCGCGUAUAUCUCUCGCCGCUCUCGCGCCCUUGCCGCGCUUGGUACCUGCGUCCCGCUCCCUUCUGCCUCCACCUCGACGCGCUCGUCCUUCUCCUCGAGCGCGUUCGCCGGCCGACCGCAGUCGUCCACCGCGUUUGCCCUCGCGUCGCGCGGACCUGCCACUCCGCCGGCUACCAAGAGUAGCUGCACGUGCUGCGGCUCGAGCACGAGGUAGAAGCGUCAACCUGUCGAGAAGAGGGAAGAAGAAGUCGGGGGAGGGGGGCGAUCGCGAUCGGGUCUGCGGCUUCCGAUGGAGGGGCACGGGGCGAAGCUCACCUUCGGACAAUCCCAGUGCGGAUAAUUUGAGGCGGCGGGAAGAACAGUCGGAAGUUGAACGCGUGGUUACCAGUGAGCCGGUCUCUUGGUGCAAGUGGAACAACUACGUGAAGACCUCGACAUUCCGUCGAUGAUUAUUAGAACCGACGGUGGGAAAACCGGAAGAAAGGUGUCGAGUCUCUCUCUUCGUACGAUAUUAUUCUUUCGAGAUUAAAACACCAGGCAAUCACUCACAAGUUCUCGCGAAAGAGUUAAAUCUGUCUCCUGAAAUGGUCAGAUACGUCUGAAAGGACCAACGCGGGUUCGUGCACUCGAAAAUCGUCGCGACAGUCCUACAGUAAUACAGAGACACAUCCUCGGUGACUUGGUUUACAUUUGAUGCGUUCGAGGGGUGAGAAGAAGGUGCGUUGACAGGCGAUCGCACACUUCCGCGAAAUAAUCAGAGCGAAAUAAAAGUAAGGAAGGAAGCACAGAGGGAUAAGGAGGCGCAGAUCAUUGGCUCGGCGGGCGACAUAGUGGAAGGUGGUCGUCGGGAGAGAAAUCUUCCUGUCGGCAUCUGACGUGUCCCCGUAGGUGUACCAUUAUAUAGUCAUCCGCGCAUCUCCCUUCCUCCGCCGUUCCUUCUCUCUUUCCGUCUUUCCGGCUUUCGUGUCACAUCCACGUCUCAUUGCCGUGAAAGCGAAGUCAUUUCCUGCGGCCCGAGUCGAGUCGAGUCGAGCGCGCGACGCACACCAAGACGACACACGCGUGUCGUCCCGCCGCGAAAUCGUCUCGUGGGACGUAGCACGAGGUGCAACGUGACGUUGUACAAUGUCGGCGAACUGACGGCGAUCAAGGAGAAGAGAGGCAUCAACCAGGCGCCAUCAGGAGCCAACGAACGGCAAACGGGACAACCACCACCGCACAACGCACGUAACGAAGCUGGCCGGUCUCUCGAGGGGUGCGCGAAGGAGCAGGUUCUCGAGAAGAGCGGAUAUCACUCGGAAGAAGCUGAGGAGAGUACCGACCGCAUAAAAAUCAACAGACACACACCGCACAUCUGAUCGUCCGUCAUCAUGCCGCACACCGGACAAGCCGGGGUAAAUCAAUUGGGCGGCGUGUUUGUGAAUGGCAGACCGUUGCCGGACUGCGUGCGUCAGAGGAUCGUGCACCUCGCCCUGGGCGGCGUCAGGCCGUGCGACAUUUCGCGGCAGCUACUUGUGUCCCACGGCUGUGUCUCUAAGAUACUCACGAGAUUCUACGAGACGGGAAGCAUCCGGCCCGGCAGUAUCGGCGGCAGUAAGACGAAGCAAGUAGCUACGCCCACGGUGGUCAAGAAGAUCCUGCGAAUGAAGCAGGAGCAGCCGACGAUGUUCGCCUGGGAGAUCCGUGAGCAGCUCGCGCGACAGGGAGCUUGCGAUCCACAGAGCUUACCCUCCGUGUCGUCGGUCAAUCGCAUCUUGAGAGGCGGCGGCCUACACACCGAUCUUCCUGCCAUCGAAGGCGGCACAUCUGGCGGAUAUGCUUCGCAAAUCCCUUCGAACACCAGAGAUGCGCUCAUGAGAACAGAUUAUCAGCUGUUCUAUUCGGGGGCGUUAGGGCCUUUGCAUAUCUCUGCAAACACCAGUAAUACCAGCACGCCGUCGUGGAAUCAGAGCUUCUACUCGUCCCUCUAUCAGGCGACGACCCUGCACUUGCAUCACGGAAUGCAGUCAUUCGCACCCUUGGACGCCGAACGUCUGUCGGAGCAAAACGGCGCGCAGAGUCAGCUCGAGCUCAAGUCGAGCUCGAGCUCGACGGCUGGCAGCGACGACUCCCUGGACAAAAGUGAUUUGGACGAGAACAUUGAGUCGCAAGAGCACUACAAGUCCUUCCGGAACACGCCGAUCAUCCUAGAGCUCAGUCAGAAAAUCGGGAGCGACCGGAGCGCGUUCGUCAGGCACGGCACGCCCAAUUCGGCCGUGAAUCUGGAUAACGCUCGGGAGAGUCCGGUGUCUAUCGUCGACGCGAGCCGGCAAGACCCAACGCAGUCGCACAGGAUCUUCGAGAUGAAGAACAGCGGCUCGAGUACGAUGAUGACGACGACGAACGAGGCGACGGCAUCGGCGGCGGAGAAUCAGCCGCCACAGAAGAAGAAGAACCCCUACUCGAUAGAGGAGCUUCUGAAAAAGGACGAGAGCAGGUCCACGCCCAAGAGGCCGCGAUUGCCUAACGUCGGAGUGGUGCAGCCCUGCGGUAUCGUCGUCAGCAAGGAGAUGUAAGAUCUAAGACAUCGAUCGUCACGCGAGGAACAUCAGGUUUGAAGCUCAUGUUUUACUUGCGCGAAGCAUCGAGCUAUCGGCAUUUGUUGACGGUGAAAACAUUGCACGUGGUGCGGUGGGCGUACAUCCUGGACUGUAGGUAUGUGUGUAGUGUUAACGCUAAAGGUGCGAAGAAAGGCUCGCGCGACUCGAAAGUCGUUCUUCGCACCCCCGACGAGUAGCCAUCGCGGGUACAGUGAGAGUAGCGAAUGUCUUAGAUGUUUAACUAGAGUAUCGAGUAAGCGUAGGAGUUUGAUAGAGAUUAAAAGAGCAGAGCGCUAAAACGAGCGAAUGCUUCAGUCGCUCCGCUGGGGUGGACGCGAACGUUUUACAAAGUGAAACGAGGCGGUGCGUCAGCCAUACGUAACGGUAGGAUCGACGAUGUACUGUCGAUGGUAACGUAGUGAAGUAUACGUAAUCCCUAUGUAAGUUAACUUAUAAUUAAAUUAUUUUCACUUGUUCCGUUCCGCGAGUCGCUAAUCCUGACCGCCGUUUCGCGCUGAAUCAACACACAACCGUUGAACGUUUCAGAACUCUGAGAAAAAGAGAGAAAGAGUAUCCACUAGUGCUGUUGGUAUAACCCGGAUAUUUCUAUGAUCAUGUAUUAUGAGUAAUCGAAAUUGUCAGUAUUAGGAUGCACACGAGCAGCGGGAAAAGUUGUCCGUUACUUUCGCUGACUUAUCUCGAAUGGCGGUUCGUCGACUCGCCGCGCGAUGAAAUAUCAAUUAACGUUGCCGGUCCUCCGACGAUGCGCGACUCGCGUAAUUAUCACCUUAAUAUAACGCCAUAAAUUCAACGCUUUCAGGAUACACCGGGCAAUAAAAUUCGACAUUUGCACGCGUCUCUCUCUCUUCUUCUCAAGGAUUCAAUCGACACGUAACUUUGCACCCAUGUAGGAAACGCCAGUGAGGAAGGGGGCGAAAAAGGCGAUGUUAUGCUUGACGAAAGUUAACGAACGGCAAGCAUUUUGAUGAUUGUCUCUUGUUCGAGCUCAAGUAGCCGAUUAAAUUCGACAUCUCUUUCGGAACGUCCGCCGCGAAUCCUUCUCGCGCGCCACGUCGUACGGGCGAUUACGCGUCCGCCUCCAUUCAGGUGUUCGCACUUUAGAGCUCGGUGAAAAUAGCCACGCAAUGCCGUUAUGCGCCACGCAGAUCGGGCAAUUAAACGAGAGCCUAAUAAACAAACGGCUGUAAAGCACGCGCGGAUGGAAUAUACACGUGAGUCGUUGCCGCCGCCGCCGCCGCCACGGCGGCGGCGCAGUAAAGCCAUAAACGGUUUGGCCGAGGGUGUCAUACGCGGACACGCCGUGUGUAUACCUUGUAAAAUACGACGAUACAUCGCUCGCGUAAAAAGGGAAUUAAAUACCGACGUUACCGACGAGCGCCCGGUAGGGCUGUCCUUCCCACCUCUGUCCCGCCUCUCUUGCCCCCCGCGUUUGCGUUUACAACGUUGUAAACCUCUGUAUCUCGUUCCUCAUCGCAGACUAAUUAAUGCACUAUAAAACGUUAGUGCUUUAAUGUCGAACGAUUUGCUCGUGUUGCUCUCACGAUAGCCUACUCGUCGAUUGCAUACCCGCGCUAUUUCGUGUUGGCGUUCUCGAUCUACAAGAGCCGUCAAAGUGCGACCGAAUUCACGCUCGUUUCUCACGAUUACUCGCGUUCGCGUAACAUCCCCUUCGAACAGUGUUGAAUCGUUAAUCGACGAAAAUUGUCUUUGGCUAACAUAAUCGGCAAGUCAAUCACCAAAAUUAGCCAAUCGUCUUACAAAAUUACAAGUAAUUUCAUUGAUGAAAUUAAUUAUUAAUCAGUCAGUACAGUCAAAUUCGAUUAAUAAUUAGUUUCAUCAAACGAUGAGAUUAUUUUCCACAUAACGAUUGAUUAAUUUUGAUUGAUUAACCGAUUAUUAUUUUAGUGAAAGGAAAUUUGCAUCGAUCAACGUCCAGUACUGCUUUCGAAUCGAAAGCCCGCGGGUCAAGGGAAACACGCGCGGGGAACACUCCGAGAUACACCCUCUGUGCAUCAGCAUCAGCUGGUUCACGAGCGGAAGCCAUUCACCACGCUCAAGCUUCCCUUUUUUGCCAUAUAAGGAGAUUAUUAGAACUUAAGGUAAGUAUGAGACGCGUCCCGAGGAAGAGAGAGACCGGUUACUCGUAGACAUUCUCGCCUGAAAUAUUUAUUUUAGACUUAGGCACACCGCGAAGUGCGAGCGCGUAUUUUACCGUAUAAAAUACGCGCGCGCUGGUGCGAGCAUUCUGUGCGUCACGUUAUUCGUGAUGAGAGACGCGCGUUUACCAUUUUAUUUUGUCAAAAAGAAAACAUUACAAAAUUACCCGGCUCGCGUAUUUACCGUUACGUCGAGUAUCGAAGGCGAUUUGAAUCGAUAAGGCUUCGACAAUCGCGCAGAAUGCUCUCCCUAUUUCUCAUGUAGAGGUCUCUGAUAAUUAGGAAAAUAGUCUUGUACAAUAAUACUUGCGGCCGAACAGUCCCGCGGAUCUCCAAACGACUUGAAGAGAAGAAAAAAAACAAGCGAUCCUUUAUCUCCUACACACACUUCCUCUUUAGAAGUAGAAUUAAUAGGAUAUAAAAAAAAGACAAGGGCGGGAUUAAACUGCGAUUGAAGGAUCGUUAUGAACGAUCUGUGUUGUCACGUUAAAUAUUGCCUUUGCAGACCUAAGAGACCGUCGCGCGGAUCACGCGAAUUAUCGCCUAAAUAAUACUCGUAAUAAACUUGUCCUGUACGAUAUCAUUAAAAAUACACUAGUCAAAAUGA